ACUGCGUGCUCACUUUACCGGCGUCUGUACUGUAAGGCUUCCAGCUCAUGUAUGCGGGUUGUGUGUGAGGAAAUUUGAGCGGCGGCAGAGUCAGAAAGCUGAGAGACUUCUUCGUGUCGACAUGCUGUGUUUAAGCGGCUUAUCCGUGGCGCUGGCGCUCGCCCUGGUGCCAAGCAACAGCGAGGCGCUGAAAGAUGGAGAAUGUGAAGUGUGCGUGACCUUCCUGGGAAAGUUCUACCAGUCGCUUCAGGACAACAACGUCAAAUUCACCAGUGCAGACAUCGAGAACUCCCUUGUAAAGGCCUGCAAAGAUGCCAAAGGCAAAGAAAACCGCUUUUGUUACUACAUCGGGGCAACAAGUGACGCCGCCACCAAGAUGAUCAACGAGGUGUCCAGGCCGCUCAGCUCCCACGUCCCAGUGGAGAAGGUCUGUGAGAAGCUGAAGAAGAAGGACAGUCAGAUCUGCGAGCUGAAAUAUGACAAACAGCUGGACCUGAGCACAGUGGACCUUAAAAAACUCAAGGUGAAGGAUCUGAAGAAGAUUCUGGAGGAGUGGGGGGAGUCCUGUAAGGGCUGCGCAGAGAAGUCCGACUUCAUCCGCAAAAUCACAGAGCUCAUGCCCAAGUACGCCCCCUCAGCCGCCAAAGCACGGACAGAACUGUAAUAGGGAACAACAAAAACUAAUAAUAAAAACAGUCAUACAACUUUGGACUUGGACUUGGACCAGACUGCUAUCCAGUGAGGAUGACGAUCAGAAGAGGAGAAGGGGGUGGGGGUGGGGGUGGUGUUUUUGGGGAGGGGGGUGCGGAGCUUUUGUCUGCAAUGUGUGUCUCAGUCUCUUUCUUGAGGUGUACACUCGUCUGCUAUCCCACACGGAUUCAGAAGUAUAAGGAUUAGUGUAUGUCAGGUGUUAGUCCCAUACUAUGCUUUUACAUCGAGUGUAACAGCCAUGGGAAGCAAAGUCGGGGUGGAAUUCAGAGAACAGUAUCCAUGAAAAAUACAGCAGCGGCCACACAUUGGACCCAUCAAGCAUAAAGGUAAUAAACGGGACCAUCAGCUAGCCAUGUUUUAACUUGUAUGCCAUCACUACAAUCACCGGUAAUGCCAAGAUGCUUUUGGGAAAGUCACCCCAUCAGUCCUUUGAAUACGUGUUCAGUUUCUUUUUGGCAAGUUUUCACCACGUCUCCUCUUUUCUCCUGUAAGUUGGAACUGAUGGUGAACAAUACGCGCGGAUGCUUAUCUGCAUAGUUCUGCCGUUCUGUUUCUUGCCUAUGGAAACAGGUGUAAGAAGCUGGACGAUUGAGGGCCUUUCUCGGUGGGUAAUGGUCACUGAGCUUUAUGUCAGCCACCAUAACUAAAUGUAAAGUGGAGUUAGCCAUGAGCAGGUUUCUACACUGGCUUCUGGGUUCAUCAGAAGGUCACUCUCCUGCAGAGACAUUGUAUUCUCUCUCUCACUUUUUAACCCUCAAUCUUACAUUUUUGUAGUUUGUAGCAAACACAUCAAUAUUCUGAAUAUUUCAUGACCCAGGGACCAAGUUAAAAUAUCGAAUAACUACUGUAUAAUGAACUUCAUAAAAUUGUAAAAUUAGCUUGUGUUUUUCCCUUAGUCUCACGCUUUUCCUUUUUUAAUACAAGAUUUCUGCAGGACGCUGACACUGCGCGACCCGGUCAACAGUCGGAGAGAACUUCUCUUAGUCUCAGGUGUCUUUGUGAUAGACUUGACUUGGCAUAUAUACUCAGCAGUGUAAUUUGGUACUCUUCACUGCUACAGUAAAACCUAAACUUUUUUACUCAUUGUCAUAGUCAAACACUCCUCAGAUGGAGAGGCGUUGUAUGGAUCACCCAUGCAGAUAAAAUCCUUGAAGUAAUCUCCAAAGUAGGUCGACUUCUCUUUGAUAAAGUUGCUCAGGACAGACCUGUAUAGCGUUACUGAUUAUUGUCUCUGUCACCCCAAAAUUGCAAUUUAUGCUUAACAAGGGGAUAUUUGAGACGGGGCUGGUGUGGAAUUUGACUGAACAAACACACAUCUCAAGAUACAAGGGCAUUCUCUGUAUGAAGUCAACAUAGAAGUUUGUGGGUCAUAGAAAUAUGUAUUGACAGAGCUCCAGUUAAUUCCUUGCCACAAGUAGGCAGCUAGGGAGGGUGCUGCAUAGGCAGUAUGUGAAACUCUCACCAAGCUUUGAUAUAUCCAGAAACUGUACAAUAUUAAGUUCAGUACAAAUCAGAUUAAUUCAUUGUAAUUCCUUUGGAAAGAGCUGCUUUGCUACAAUAACAUACACAAGAGGGGCAUGGCGUUCUGUUAAAACAAGAUGUCCUACUCUUUGGCGUUGAAAGAUCGAUGUGUAUAACAACAGUCAGAUUGGGAGUUUCAAAUGGUACGGCUAAACUUCCACCCUCAGCAGAAGCAAAGAUAUUUAUAGGUUAGGUAAUUUAUUCUUUCAGAUUUCAGUUUAUGUGGACAUGCACAUGGUAGAUUCAUGUUUUCCUGCUUUUUGUUGUCUUCCCGAUCACCUCCCAGAUCAUUUCUGCACAGCAGCUGUCACUGUCCCCUCACUACAAAUCUUGCUUCUCCUAAUCCACCUUCCACUUCCAGCAGAAUUGGGGUCAGUUCACUUGCAGUACAAUCCAGUUAGGAGGUGGACUUCUCUCUUGAUAUUGCCAAAAUAAAUAAAAAUAAACUGGGCCCUUAUUCAGAGUUUUGAUUCAGAUUGCCUGUGUCUAUGUCAACAGUGCGAAAACACGUGCAAUUCAAAUUUCUAAAGCUGGUUAAAGAAAAUUGCCUUUGAAAUAUUUUCACUGUCAAUCUAUGAUGAUGUCACUGAGUGUGAAUCUCUUGUGAUCAGUGAGUGAAGCUCCACUCUGUCUCACAUAUUGCAGUGCAGCUGAACUGACCUUCAGCUCUGACUUCCACCCUGACCGCGGCCUCUUACAGAAGGGAUAGAUAUUUUAUUGGUUGAUGUAAGCAAACGGUGUGUACUUUAAAACAUAGACAAUUAAAUAUGUGUGACACUUGAAAAGACUUGAUACAGGAGAUGUAAAGUUAAAAUAUGCUGUUGUUUCACCUUGACCUUUCGUGUAAGGCCUGAUCAUUUAUUACAUCUGUGUUACUACUAUACUUUUUCAUUAAAAUAUGAAAAAAAA